UAUAAACCCACUUUCGAUUUUAGUCUUAAUAUCAACGGGUUAUCAUAUUUCACAAAACGUAAAAACGAAAAGGUCAUGUUGCCUUUUAAUAUCGACUUUAAUGUUUGACAUACGAAUCGUCGAAUCUGCUAUUUCGUUAGUUAUUGGAAAAAGAUUGUGUAUUUAAUUCAUAGUGCAACCAAAAUCCACAUAUAUGAAACAAAAUGAAUAGUUGCCUUAAAAUAACAAGAGUCAUCAAAAAUUUAAUUAUAAAAAGGGCUGUGUAACACAACACAUGCUAUCAUGGAAGAAACACGUAAUUUUCACAGACUUGUCGAGUUACACUUCCAUUGUUGUAUAUUUGCACUCAGGAAAUAUUUAGAAUGGGAAUUAUCGAACAGUGGGUUCACUUUACACUCUUUCCUAAAACAGAACGACAUGCUAACUUGGGUAAAAACCGCGAAAUUGUUCAAGGAACAAGAAGCAGUGCUUUCAAAUCAAAAUGUGACAUAUGACAAGCUCGAUAUAACGCUUGCAACUCGACUGAUUCUUGAAAAGUGUUAACCCCAAGACGCCAAUAUUCUCCAAGCUGUAAAGGACCUUCGAAAAUCACGCAACAAUAUAGUUCAUGCCACUGAUUCAAAAAUACAAGGGAAUGUACAGUUCAACGAAGCAUGUAGUGCGAUAUUCACGAUAGCUGCGGUCUUGAGCCCAGAUGUGAAAAAAGCUAUCAACUUAAGAAUCAGCGACAUACUGAAAAGAGAGAUUUUUCGGACAUGCAUCAAUAUGGAAAAAAUAAUGUUGAAUGGAGAAUAUUUUAUGAUAAAAUUAGUUGAAGCAAGUGAUGAUGAAUCAGAGAGUCAAAGUGGUAGGAUAACACUAAUAAAGUUUAACAUGACGAAAUGGAUACGCCAGUUGUCUAGAAUGCCAAAUAUAAGUAUAUUUCUGAAAAGAUUAAAACACGAAAAUGUUAUUACCGAGGCACAUAUGUCGGAUAUAGAAAACGAAUAUAGUUACGGAAGUCAAAUGGAGAAGCUGAUAUUGAUCAUACAGCAAAGUGCAGAUAGUACUUCAAUAUACCGAUUCUGUAAGGAGCUUCGGAACAUGCACCCACAGUUAGCAGAUCUUCUUGAAAACAAAAACACAGAUGGGAAAGAAACAGAUGAAUACUUGCGGAACGUCGAGCAAGAAUUCGUAUUAGAAUUUCUUCGGAACACAUUGAUAGAAUGUCUCAACUGUCACAUUCCUUGUGACGAAAUACACAUUGCUUUAGAAGAAGACCUCCAUGGCCAUGUUGAAUUUUCAGCACUGAAAACAUAUUUCCCACAGAUAUUUUCGAACAGUACAUUCGUUGAAGGAGACAAAAGCUUUAGAGACGUCACGUGGAAGUCACCGCCUCACAAAGAAGCAAACGAAAAGGUCGACAUGCUAUCAAUGACAUUGGACGAUUUUUCCACACACAUCGGAGACAUUAUGGGACAAGAAAUAAAACCAGAAUUACGAGAUUGUUUUCAGAAAGCAAUAUAUGAAGAAGCCAUAACUGCGAACAUAUUUGAAGAAAUGAAAUCUUCCCAACUGAAAGAAGUGUUUGCUGAAUAUUUAGGAAGCAUCAACUAUGGAAAAGGAAUGGAACAUGUACUUAAAAAACUUCAACAAGAAAUCAGAGAAAAUAAAUUGCGAUCAGGAAUUAAAACAAACAUUAGACUACAACAGCUACGUGAGUUUGAUCAGCCUAGCAAUAAUUUGGCAUAUUACCAAGGUGCGAUUGUUAAACCACAGACAGGCAAUUUGUUGGUUCCGGUUCAUGAAUUUCGUACUUUGAUUGCUCCUAACAAACACUGGAUUGCAAAAGAAACUCUGCGUUUUCUCGCUGCCUGUAUGAAUUCACGCAAGAACGGAACUAUGCACUUUGGAAUUAGGCGGGAUGGCGACGGAUGUGGGACUAUUGAAGGCAUAGGCAUGUUUAACUCGAAAGAGGUUGACGAGGAAAUAUCAAAGUGUAUAAAAAAAUGUUUCUAUGGCGAGCAUUUACCUUUCGUAAUGUCCUGUAUUCGCGAGAUGCAGGUUAUAAGCGUCCGCGACUGUGAACAUGUGGUUUAUGAAAUAGAUGUCAUACCGUCGUCAUUAUAUUCCAUAAAGGAGAUCAUUCCGUUAAGAUUUCCACCGAAAGGACCACACGUUGAAGUUAUAUUUAUUUAUGAGCAUCAUAGUCUGUGUGAAAUUGCUAUGGGUUCGCCUAUUUUAUCUGACAUAGAGAAGAUAUGCACACUGCGAUUGCAAGAAAGAGGUAUUAUUGAAAGCAAGGUAAACGGAUGCCUCAUCGACACAUCUGAAUUAAGAACUACCCUCAUUUCAACUCUGACAGGAAAAGAUAGCAAGUAUAUUACAGAUGAAUACAUCCCAAUUAUUGUAAGUGGAAACAUGAAUGGUCAUGUAGGAGUUCGAAAUGACAUUGGUAUGGCAACAGCGUUUUCUUCCGCAAAGUUUGUUCUUGACUUUGAUGCAUCUCCUGAUCUAAGGAAAAGUGUCGAAAACGACAAAUCUUUGUUUACUGUAAAGACGGCAGAGGAUUGUUUAGAUAAGUCCCAAAUCGAAAACUCAAGUAACCCAGUUUGGAUUUAUUGUAACGGCAAUACAGAGAUUUCACAACCUAGGAUGAAUUUGAAAGCCUGGACAAAAUCAAGACUCGCCGGAGUAAAAUGUUGUUUGGACACAAUACGAAUGUCCAUUCCCAAAGGCAGAGCACGUAUACUUUUUCUUUUGUAUUGCGAGUUGACGGACCGAGAGCCUUUGUUUGAUUUAGCAAGAGAUAUGUUGGCAUCCGCUUUUCAGGACGAAUGUAUUAUAGUGACACAAAGUGCUGAUAACUGCAAAGAGCUCAGAAAUGACGUUGCUAGACGUGUUGGUGACAACGAAAUGGACAGGUGUAUUCUUAUUGGCCCUGACUGGAAAUUCCUGUCCGAUGUCGUACGGUCGGUAUUUCGGCCGACUUCAAAUGAUGUUUGCAAACUACCAAGUAGCUCCCAGGCAAUAGUUGUUGAAAUGACAAGCAGAGAACGCACUGAUCUUAAACUUACCGACAUUGACAUUGUAAGCGGUGAAGAAUGUGUAAUUGAAGCUGAGAGGAUGAGCGAAAAAGAGCUGCAAGAAAAUGAACAUGAACAUCAAAGAAGAUUUUACAAAGGAAGUGGUACAUCGUGGUGGAAUUUUUAUUACCAUGAUCAUGUUGGAAAACGUAACUGCUAUAAAAGACAUUUAGGCAAAGUAAACAAAAUUCUUAAGUCCAAGAGGGGUGAGCAGUUUCUUGAAACACACGAAAUUAAACAUCACCCAGGCGCUGGAGGAAGUACAUUAGGAAUGCAUCUUAUUUGGCACUUAAGUCAAUUUAAAGAAACUCCUGAAAAUGCUUUCAGAUGUUGUGUGGUAAAACAAAUUUCUGAAAAUACUUCAUUACAGAUCGACCGAGUUCGAAACUUUAAGGAUGUUGAAAACGCAAAGCCAAUAAUAAUUCUUGUUGAUAACAAAAGUGAAGAUGCUGUCAUCCUUCUGCGAUCAAAAUUACAUGAGUUGGCUUAUAAAACAGGAACACCAGGAAAGCUAUUUGGCCUUAUUAUAUUGAUAAGUAGGUGUCCGAUUGCAAAAGAUAAAAAUCAACUUGCCGAUGAUCACAUUUUAACGCAUUCUUUGAAAGGAAAGGAAAUUGUAUGGUUUGACAAAAAAUACAAGGAAUUAGAAGACAAAACUGGCAUAGACGUGAAAACUUUAAUUGCUUUCAAUGUAAUGAGAAAUUCAUUUGAUGAAAAGUACAUCAUGGAACUGACAACAAACAUUUUGAAAGAUGUGACAGAUCUUGAGAAAGAGGUUUUAACAAACUUAGCAUUAAUUUCCUCAUACGAAAAUGAUCAUCCGAUUCCUCAAAGUGUUUUUGAUAAAAUGAUGAAUAAACCACAAGAAAUAGACAAUUUAAUUAAGGUACCGUUUGGUAUAGCACAUACACGUAAAGAAUUACAAAUGUUGACUUUUAAUAGAACCGUUUGGAACAUGAAUGUGUCUGUUGCAAUGGAUCUGCUUAUAGCCAGGCGAGUAAGUGAUCAAAAUAUAGGAGGAAUUUCGAUUAUUUCACAACCGCUGGCAAGAGCGAUAGUUUUGUCUCUCAUGCUAGAAAGGAACCAACGAUUGGAAGACAUUGUCAAUUCUAUUUUAGAUUUAUUGGGCCAGCAUGCACAUGAAGCGAAUCCAAUGUCAAAAAUCUUCGUUAAAAUCGUCUGUAGUCUCUUCAAAACAAGACAAAUAGAAGAAAUCGAUAAUAGAGAAACGAGACUGAAAUUUUCUGAUCUUGUGUUUGAUUUAGAAAAACAGGAAACAGAAAGUCCGAGACAAACAGUGUUACAUACCAUGAGCAGGUGUUUUGAUAUAACAAAAGAUGCAAUGGUAGGGCAACAGCUGGCAAGGUAUAAUAUAUACAUCAAAGAAUUUGCUGAAGCAGAAAAGGCAAUUCAGAGAUCAUUGGCAAUCAAACCUGACAACUCCUAUCUUCUUGACACAUACGGGCAGAUAUUCAAAGCACAUAUGGAACAUGUACUAUAAAC